AUGUCUCGGUGCCACUACUACGUAGUGGACGACGACGAGGACGAUGACGUCCAGAUUGUCGGGGUCAACUCGUUGAACCCCGAGGCUGCUCCCGGGCCUCAGCUGGGCGAGUAUCGUCUCGAUGCUCCAAGAUCGUUUUACCAGGGCACCAGCUACCUCAGCCAGCCCUUCUACACGGGCUUGGCCGCCCACGAGAUGCUGGCAACGUCGGCUGCUGGCCUUGGAGGGGUGGCUCCUCUGAUUCCCUUCCCGGCCGCCUCCUACCAGUCUUUCUCCGGGCAGCUUUCAGCUGCAGAGUCCGUCUCUGCUGGCCAAUUCUUCCCCCCUGCCGCCCAGACUGGCCACAUUGUUGACUUGGGCUCUGUUGCUGCCUCUGAGGCUGCCCCUAUCUCCGAAUCUCCUGCCGCCUCCGCCUCCGCCUCCGGAUCAUCCUCGUCCUUGUCCUCUUCAUCAACUUCUUCCUAUGGACAGGCUACUCGCUCCGAUUACGAGCUUGACCCUACCUCAAGUCAGACCCAGACAGCACCUGCUCCAGUCCUCGCAACUAUCCAUGAACAGUCUCCUACCGGCGAUACAGUCGGUCGAUCUGCUUGGUCUGGCAUAGCAUAUGGCAAUAUUCUCAAAAUUCUGAUCGGCCCUAGAAACUGCGACACCACAACCAAUCCUGAUCAGUUCCCUCCAUCUUUCUUCAGUGAUCUUGCAAGCACAAUUGUUUCGAGCUUUCCUUACGAGGACUUUGCUUAUAAGCACCGCUGCACUGUCGACGAAGUCAACCAUGCUCUUGUUGCACAGGUUGUAGCUCCUUUAAUUCAAUGUCACUCAGUCGACAAAAAGCAGAUGGCAGAUACUGCCAAUGAUAUCUACAACCGUUGGGUCCCUAGUGAUUAUCAGUACCACGAUCAGCAUGCCAGCCCAAGCUCUCAGGCUAUCGUUACCACACCCAAUCUCUCUGAGCCUCAUGAGACAUCAGCUAGUGAAAAGUGUCCUUCUCCUCAGCUCACCCGUGAGGAAACUUUAGAAUAUGCUCGUGUUCUCCUCGAGGGCAUUGCCGACUAUGCUUUUGGCACUAAUAAUGAUACCCAAGCUCAAAAUAACGCUGUCCCCCAGGCCCAGACUGUUGGUACUCCCAAACCUGUCCCAACCUCCAAUAUUCAGGCCCCCUCCGAAGUUGAACCUGUUAAUAAGAACGAGCAUAUCUUCACCACUCCAUCUCCCCCUCGUUCUCAAACUAAGGAUACCAAUUCAUCGCGCCGGCCCAUGAAGCAUGCAAAGUCUCCUUCUUGCCUUACGCGUGUGUCAUCUUCCACCUCCUCUUCUACUCAUUCAGCCCCUAUAAAACCCAAGCGUCGAUACGAGGACAUUGCCGACCCUGAGUCUCCAUCUCCUCAGAACCAACUAUCUCGCAAUGAACGUGAAGACACUCCUCGCCCGACUAAAAAGGCUAAGCCUGACUUCAACUGCCCCCCACCAUCUCCUAAAGCCUGCGAGAAACAGAGUCAUCCCUCACUUCCAAAGCUGCAAAACAGCGAGAAAGCCAAGAAGAUGGAUGUUUGCCCAGCAAAGCCUCACACCUAUGUUCCUCUUACUGAUGAAACUCGCAUUAAACGCCAACGAGUUACCGUCGACCCAUUCGGCAAAUUCAAAAAGGUCUCUCCUUACCUAGAGCCUAAUAGGAACUACACCAACAUUCUACUCGAACGCGGCGUUCCACUUGAAAACCACCCACGUACUAAGCGCCCCUUAACCGAGCGUGAUAUUGAGACUAUCAAGAAGGGACAGAAGAACUUCUUUAAGUACGCCAUGAAGCUUCAGUGCGAACAUAUGGAUCGUUUAGGCCUCCCACAUCCAAUUCCCAGGGAGCACCUAAUUGAUGAAGGUGAAGAUGAAGCUUCUGCCCCUGAAGACUUUUACCACUGGGACGAUGAAGGUUUCGAUGACUAG